AUGUCUUUCAUAAGUCGUCGCUCGACAGGUGAAAAGCGCGUGUCUAUCUCGCAGGAGGACCCUGAUAAUCCACCGGGUGCGUGGGACGCGGGGUCGCCCACUUGGGAGUCGAGUCACGCGUCGUUGUUACCGACAACCGAAGAGACCAGGCGUGGCAGACACUUCGCAUUGACGCCACGAAGACUGCGAAGGAUCCUACGCAGAGUCCAUGUCUCAAGGAUCAUCAAGUACGCCUUGUUCCUGGUGUUGAUACUUGUAUGCGCCACUCCCAUCCUCGCGCCAUCGUACACCAGGCCGCCACCUCAUUAUGGCGAACUCGUCUCCAGAUGCACUGGGUCUGAUGCAUCCAACGGUGGAUGCGCCAAUCCUCACCAGGAGAAAGUCUUCAUCAGUGUGAGCCUCUACGAUCAGGGUGGACACCUGGCCGCUGGAUCUUGGGGAAGACGACUGCUCGAACUUGUUCAUCUAAUCGGACCAAAUAAUGUCUACCUCAGCAUCUAUGAGAAUGAUAGUGGCGCGGAAGGAGAGGGCGCACUGGAGAGCCUCAAAGACCGGCUUAGCUGCCGUCACAGGAUCGUGAGCGACCCCCACGUCUCUACCGACGGAUUUCCAACAGUCACGAUGCCGAAUGGGAACGAGCGUGUCAAGCGUCUUGCGUAUCUAUCUGAAAUGCGGAAUCGAGCUCUGAGGCCCCUUGACUUGUUUGACGAAACAGAGUGGGGCGUCAAGGAGUUUGACAAGAUCUUGUUUCUAAACGACGUGGCUUUCCAACCACUUGAUGCUGCAAACCUUCUGUUCAGCACCAACCUUGUUGAUGGGCGCACCAAGUACCUUGCAGCCUGUGGGCUGGAUUUCAUGUAUCCUGUACUAUUCUACGAUCUGUAUGCCCAACGCGACGCUGAAGGUUUCAGUGGUGGCAUCCCGAUUUUCCCUUUCUUCAGUACCCAAGGUCAAGGCAUUUCGCGAGCGGCAGUGCUCGCUCAGAGCGAUGCUGUUCCCGUCAAGUCUUGCUGGGGCGGAAUUGUUGCAAUGCAAGCCAAAUAUGUGCAAAACCUCGACCGCACACUACCUACUCCAGACUUCCAAGCUAUUGGAAGCCAUGUUGUUAACCCGUCGGCACCGCAAAAGAUUACUGCGCCGGUGCGAUUCAGAAACGAGCCCGAGAUAUUCUUUGAUGCCUGCGAGUGUUGCCUCUUUCUUGCAGACGUUGCACAGGCUGCCAAAACUCAAGGGGCGAAGGAACUUGGAACGUACGUCAACCCAUACGUACGCGUCGCAUAUGACGAGAGUGCAUUAAGCUGGCUGCCUUGGGUUCGAAGAUGGGAACGCUUGUUUGUGCUCCCGCAAUGGAUCAUCACCAAAAUCGCGGGUUUACCCACACACAACCCGCAUCGGACGAUACAAGAAGGCGAGCGAUUCACGGAAGAGGUUUGGACUGGGCCACAACCGGGUCAUUGGCAGUUGACUGAACGCACAGCUCGCAACGGUAUGUUCUGCGGGGUCCGCGAGAUGCAACUGGUGCAGAGCGGCGAUCGAACUGAAGAUGUCAAUUGGGAGAACAACAAGAUGCCGCCAGGUCAGGCACUGGAUUUCCCUACAUAG